CGGAGGCAGGAGAAAGGGUCUGUUGUUUUUCUCUCCUUGUUUCUCUCUCCCUCCCUGCUGAUCACCAAGCUGCUGACCGGGUCAGAAAGCCCUGAUGGAAAUCCUCCGGUGCUGGGCAGGCCCCUCCUCCUCCAAGGAGCCUGUCCUUGACUAAUUUUUCUUUGUCCCGAUGGGAAGAAAAGAGCGAGAGAGAAAGACGAAAAAAGAAAAACCUCAAACUUCCUUUGAAAACCAGCUUGGAGUCAGGGCCUGAAUCGCACAUCGACACUCGGCAACUCGGGAAUCCUGAAGACACGCUUGGAGCCACGGGGGAGCACCUGGGCUGCACCCCUACCUGCCCUCGCCCUCCUCCCGUGCCCUGGGUCCUGGGCGUGAGUCCGGAAGUGGCCAGGACCCAGCAGGACCGCCCCUGGCUCAUAAACCUGUGUAAGCUCUGGCGUUGACAGCUGGAAGGCAGCUGGGACUGUGGCGGCGCCCCCAUCGAAUUGUCGGAGCUGAGCCCUCCUUCUCAGUCCUGGAACAGCCUUCUUUAAGGGAAGCUGAUUCCACCCAAUGUCUUCCGUCAUCUCACUGGACUCGUCCCUCCCAGACCGGAAAGCCCCGCACACUCUGGUCACAGCGAGUUAGAGGUGGACGAGCUCAGCCAGGCCGCUCUUCUGUUUACUCUCGCUGACGACACUGCUCCCGUCGCCAGGAGUAACUGCGGACACUGCAGCCUUCCACACCGCAUUCCUCUUCUAAGACUUUUCUGGGCCUAUUUGCUUUCCAGCCCAAUGAUUUGCUUCUUAUUUGAUCGGUCUCUCUGUUGCACAUCAAGCCUAGAUUAGGCAACUUCCUGAGGACUGUGGAGUCCUUUGGUGCCCCUCCGUUGACCUCUUCUGACCAUGGAACACCAUCCACCUGAGCGUCCAGUCUCUGGCAAGGCCAAGACUGCAGAAGCCGUCAGCCCUGAAAACCAUGAGGUCCUCUCAGUACCAGAUGAGCACCCCCAGGACAAGGAUGCUGGAAAUGCUACUGGGGCGGCCAGAGAUGCUACUGGGGCAGCCAGAGAUGCUACUGGGGCUGCCGGAAAUGCUACUGGGGCGGCCAGAGAUGCUGAUGGGGCGGCCAGAGAUGCUGAUGGGGCAGUUGGAGAUGCUACUGGAGCAGCCAGGGAUGCUGAUGGGGCAGUUGGAGAUGCUGAUGGGGCAGUUGGAGAACAGGAGCCAGUAGAUCAAGGGUCACUGCCGGUCCAGGGCCAGGAUAAUCUUGAGUCCCCUCCACCUGACACGAGCUCCAACCAGCCAGGGCCAGACCACAGGACGCAGCCUGAGGCAGAGACAGUGGGGGCGUGCUCCGGGCCCCAGGAGCUGCCCCAGUCCCCCAGGGCCCAACAGCUGGAGCUCGAUUUCUACUGUGUAAAGUGGAUCCCCUGGAAGGGAGAACGGACACCCAUCAUCACCCAGAGCACGAAUGGCCCCUGCCCGCUCCUCGCGAUCAUGAACAUCCUCUUUCUUCAGUGGAAGGUGAAGCUGCCCCCUCAGAAGGAAGUGAUCACAUCAGCUGAGCUCAUGACCCACCUUGGAGACUGCCUCCUGUCCAUCAAGCCCCAGGAGAAGUCAGAGGGACUUCAGCUUAAUUUUCAGCAGAAUGUGGAUGACGCAAUGACCGUCCUGCCCAAACUGGCCACCGGUCUGGAUGUCAAUGUGCGAUUCACAGGGGUCUCCGAUUUUGAGUACACGCCUGAGUGCAGUAUCUUCGACCUCCUAGGCAUCCCCCUGUACCACGGCUGGCUUGUCGAUCCUCAGAGUCCUGAGGCUGUGAGUGCAGUUGGGAAACUGAGCUACAAUCAGCUGGUGGAGAAGAUCAUCACCUGCAAGCACUCCAGCGACACCAACCUGGUGACAGAAGGCCUGAUUGCCGAGCAGUUCCUGGAGACCACCGCGGCCCAGCUGACCUACCACGGGCUGUGCGAGCUCACCGCGGCUGCCAAGGAGGGUGAACUUAGCGUCUUUUUCCGGAACAACCACUUUAGCACCAUGACUAAGCACAAGAGCCACCUGUACUUGCUGGUCACCGACCAGGGCUUUCUGCAGGAGGAGCAGGUGGUGUGGGAGAGCCUGCACAACGUGGACGGGGACAGCUGCUUUUGUGACUCUGACUUUCACCUGAGCCAUUCCCUGGGCAAGGGGCCUGGAGCAGAAGGUGGGAGCGGCUCCCCGGAAAAGCAGCGGCAGGUGGACCAGGACUACCUGAUCGCCUUGUCCCUGCAGCAGCAGCAACCGCAAGGCACGUUGGGUCUCAGCGACUUGGAGCUGGCCCAGCAACUGCAGCAGGAGGAGUACCAACAGCAGCAAGGGGCCCAGCCGGUGCCAGCACGGGCCCCGUCGCCACAGGGGAGAGGAGCCCCAUCUGGACGCCCGGCAGGAGAGCGGCGGCGGCGGCCCAAGCCGGAGUCCGACUGUGUCCUCCUGUAGUGCCCGGUGCCUGGUGCCAGGCUGCCCUGCCUCUUCUGUCAGAGGCUGUGACUAUUUGGCUUGCUCUCCCAGGUCACCCCCUGAGAUAUGCAGGGUAACUUAUUUAUGGACUGUUGGGGAUCCGAGCGGGAAGGAAAUGUCAAGGUCAGACUCGGCGACAUUCUUGCUCACUCACUGCGGCCUUCUCUUCCUCCCAGUCACCCAGGGCAACAGCGGGACUGCUGGGGUGAGGAUGUCUGAUCCCCAACUCCCUCUGCCCAGAAUAUCACACUAAUAUACAGACUCAGGCUCCAGGGUGAGGUCCCUGCCUGAAAUGCAUCUCCCCUACCUCCCCCCUGACUGGCGGGGUCCUUCCGGCUAUCCUGCAAGUCCGUCUCCCUCUGUUUCAGGAUUUGAUUUGGGUUUCUAUCUUCAUUAUUUGUAAUGCCUUCCUAGGGGUUUGGAAAUAAAAAUCGUCUCCUGA